AUGACCAUAUGCAACAGCAGGUACAAAAACACGGGCUCGGAAGAAGACAAGUUGCUGUUCAAGACGUGCACAGAGUCCACGGAGUAUCUCCAUUUAUAUUUUCGGGAGUUGAAGGAACACCUGUGCAGGCACAGGAAGUAUGAGGAGCUGUUUAACUUUUGCUACGGCACGCUGAGGAAUAUAAAGAACCCCGCCAUCUCGCGGACCACGGCCCUGAAGGUAAUCGGAAUAGCAUUCACGCUGAACCCCAAGUGCGCGGACCUCCCAGUGAGCAAAGACAUCAUCACGUACGCCUACAAACUGCUCAAGCGAAAUGAAGAAGGGACAAACAAGAAGUAUUUCACAUAUUUUGGCCACAGCACAAACAAAGAAAAAGAAAGCCUCCUUAGUGAAUCAAUUAAUUUAUUCAAAACGACGGAAGCGAUUAAGGAGAGGCAACAGCUGAAAGAUCAAAAUUUUAUUAACACUAUUUUUAGCAAAAUAGAGAAGAAGCAAAUUUUUAUUGCCAAGGGGUGCUCCGUGUCGUACUCCCCGCUGCUUAGUGAUUUCACGAAUGCGAAGAGGGACCUCCUCGAGCUGCUCGAAACGGAGUUCGUAAGCCACGGCAAAGUUGACCGGGUCUACUCAGACUACGUCAGGUGCCUCAAUGAGGUGAAGGAAAGGACCAUCGAAUUUUUGGAAAAUGGCGAGUAUGAUCUUUACUGCAGGUUUAUUGAUGAAAUGCAAGAGGAAGACGAAAUAAACGUCCGCUACGAAUCCUACCUGCUGAGCUGCCCAGAGCUGUUCAACGAGAAGGACGACAAGGACUCCAACAGAGAGACCACCCCCACGCAGAGGGAGCAGUUGAAACCAAAAUUGGGUGGCACCCUUUUUAACAACCAAGUGGCUAGCGAGGAGGCAAGCAAAAGGACAGGCAGCAUGACCAGGGGGGUGGAUAAUCAUUCGGAGGUCAGCAACGAAAGGAGAAGUGUCACCCCCCCGGUAGGAUCAAACAGCAGAAAAAAAGUGAAUGAAAAAGGAGAAGCUAAAUCAUUAUCAAAAAAUAUUUCUAACAGCAUUACAAAAUUUGCUUCGUCCUUUGUGAGGAAUGCUCCAUCGGGGGAAGUUGCCAGUGGAGGAGUGGAGCCAAAUGUGAAUAACGAAGGAGUGACCGUUGCAGAGGGGGAGGUGGUGAACCAGAAGAAGCCUCCUUGUGAUGAUGGCAGUAGAGAGGGAGGCACGGCGGGGAAGUUAGCCCAGCUGCCGCCGAGCGGAAACACAGCGAGGAGUGCCUCUGUGCAGAGGGACAACAACGAGGGCGAUGGCGACGGCGAAAAUGGGAAAAAGAAAAAAGCACACACAAGUAAGAAGAAAAACAAGGAGCUACCCAAGCAGCUGAGUGAGGAGGCCACUGUACUGCCCGAUGGAGGCGCCUCGCCGGGGGGCGCGCAGGUGGACACCAAGAAGAAGGCCUCCUUCAACAAGACGGUCGCGUUUGACCUUGUGGGCACCGAGAAGGCCGCCCAAGACCCCAAGUGCCCCGGGAAGAACGAAGCUGCAGCGCGCGAGGGCCACUUUAACGAAAAGGAGAUGCAAAUAAUAAACGAGUUCAACGCGUACCUAAACGAAGGAGUGAGUCACCUGAGGAAGCAACCGGAUGGUUUCAAAAAGGAGUGCAAAGAAUUUAAGAACUCCAUUCACGAUGGAAAUAAUGCUCUCUGGGAUAGCCUCAUAAAGAAGAGCAAUUUUUACUCCAUUAAGGAGGAUUUUUUAAAUUACAAUAAAUUUUUGAAGGCCAAGGAAAAGGACGCCAAGGAGCAAACUCUGGGAGACCUCCUCGGCAUGAACAAGUACAUCGAGUUGAAGAAAAAAAAAAGCAAAAGUAAAAGCAAAGGCAAAAGUAAAAACAGAAAAAUGAAUCCCGACGAGCUAAACUGCAUCAUUAACAAAUUUACGAACAAUUUGUCUCAAAGUAGGCCCAUCAAAAUUGAGCAGAAGGUUCCCGCGGAAAAACUCACGGGAGGGAUGCCUUUUACACCAAUUGGAACUCCUCCAGCAAUUGCUCAAACCCGCAGUGAUAAGAGAGACUCCAUCAUUUCGCAGCAGAGAAACGACGCAACACACAUCUCCUCCUGCAAUAAGUACUUUACGAAGAAUGAUAACAUAUCCUACGUACAGGACGCAGUGUUAAAAAAUGGGUCCCUUUUGUUAAGGGACGACAACCUCGAGAUAUCCCUCAGCCAGCACUACUACGGCAACAACGGGUUGAUAAAAAUUUACGUGAAGAAUAAGAAGCUGGUGAACUACUACGACGUGGAUAUUCAAAUUUCGAACAAAAUUUUGUUCCCCCUGAAAUUCAAGUUCCUCAACUACGAGAGGAUGCUCUGCGCGAAUGGGACCAACUGCUACGAAAUGGUCGUCAAGUGCGCACACAUGUACAAGGGCUUUCCCCUAAUUAAAAUUUCCUACCGCAUGCAAGACAUGUUCAGAAAAAGCAUCGAGUUGAGGCUGCCCAUCCCGAUCAACAAAUUUAUGAAGAACAUAAAAAUCACGAAAGACGUUUUCGUGAAAUUCUGGAACAACGAAAAUUUUAAUAUAUAUAAAAAGGAGAAGGUGAUCCACAAGGCCGACUCGGUGGACACAGAGCAGAUCGUCGCCAUCUCCUGUUUGGGAAAUGCCCUCAGCGUGUGCUACAUCGAAGAUGCAAUUUAUUUGAGCGGGUGCUAUGCGGACAAUGCAAGCGCGCUGGAUAAUUACUUCGUCCUCGUGGGUAUUGAAGUCCUGAAGAACAAACUGAAGAUCAUAUGUAAGUCGAAUAACCCCACGCUAUCAUCGGCCAUCCUUUUUUUAAUCAUACUCAUUCUUAAGAAGCACGACCGGGUGUAA